CCCUUCCUCUUCCGGCCGGCGGCGAAGGCGGGAAGAGGCCUCGGCUGAGGGGGUCGGCAGCAUGGCCCGGAGGAGAGCGCGCGGCCCCCCGCCCAGCUCGCCGUCUUCGGGCAGCGACGGCGACUUCGAGGCGCUUUUAUCCAGAAUGAAGACUCCCAAGUCCGUCACAUGCUGUACUCCAAGGGCAGGAAAGAACAGCUUGGCUGACUCCAAGGAGAACCUGUUCCAGCAUCUCUCCAGGCAAGAAGCAUUUAGUGACAGCGAUGAUGAUUGUGUCUUUGGCAAACACACACCGAGGUCUCCCUGCCAGUCCAUCCAAGUUGGCCAGCAGAAGUGGAACCCGAGGGGCAUGCUCUUUGCCUCUUCGCAGGACAAGCCUAUCACGUCCAAGGGCGGGCCAAAGUCUUCCCAAAGCGUGGAAGAUAAAGGUCCCACAAAGGAGAGUGCUCAAGGCAAAGCCCAGCAACCGAGGCCCAGCGCCGUCUUUGGCUGUGAUAGCUCCGACGAUGAGAUUGAGAGUCUUAUUGUCCGUGUGAAGCAAAGGAUGGUCUUUCCUCCCCCCUUCAAGAGCGCUGAAGGGCAGCCUGGCAUCUCUGGACAGAGAGGCAUCAAGACUUCCUGCGAAAACAUCCCGGCUGCCACCAAGAGUGAGAAUGCCGCGCUGGAGCUCUUCAAAUCUCCUCUUCCUGCGCAGAGACCCACAAGCCAGCAGGUGCUCACUGAUGUCACCCAGGUACUCCAGGUGCCGGUGAGGAGGAGGACUGCCUGCCAAGUCCAUGGCUGCUUCCUGCAAGAGCUGUCAGAUCCCGAAUCCCAGCAAGCCAAAGAGUUCCGAACCAAGAAGGAGGAGAUGGCGCAGAGGCUCUAUGCUUUCUAUAACAGGACUGUGUUUGAGCAGAAGUUGCCAGAAAGAAUGGAAAUCGGCUGGAAUAAGAAGAUGCGGAAGACAGCCGGGUGCUGCAUAACUGGGCAGCAGAAGGAGCCAGACUCGGGGCAGCGUCACGCCCGGAUAAUGCUGUCGGAGAAGGUCUGUGACUCUGCAGAUCGGCUUCGGGACACUCUGAUCCAUGAGCUGUGCCACGCAGCUGCCUGGCUAAUCCACGGCGUUCAAGACGGACACGGCCGGUUUUGGAGCUUGUAUGCGAAGAAGGCUGCCUUGACCCACCCCGAGCUGCCUGUGGUGUCCCGGUGCCACAACUAUGAGAUCAAGUACAAGUUCACCUACCAGUGUUCUCAGUGUCAAAACAUGAUUGGCCGACACUCCAAAUCCCUGGACACCCAGCGUUUUGUCUGUGCCCUCUGCAAGGGGCAGCUUGUGCUACAGCAGACCAUGCGGAAGGAUGGCACACCAGCUAAGGCGUCCCUGACUCCCUUUGCUAAGUAUGUGAAGGAAAACUAUGCCGCCGCAAAGCAGUCGCAGCAGGGGCUGAGCCACGGAGCCAUCAUGAGGAAGCUCAGCACCGACUUUGCCUCCCGGCCCAAGUGACCUGGCUGGUCUCGAUCCGUGUUGCCUGUGCCUGUUCCGGAGGGUCAUGUGGAAGCAGAGCCCAGUGGGAAAGGGGCACAGAACUCUUACCGGAAACGAGCAGUUUUUUAAUCCCGGAGGUCAACUGCCCCGGGCAUUCAAUCAAGUUUGUAAAGUUGUGUGGAUAUGAACAAAAUAAAAUAGCUUUUGUGUUUCCUUA